AUGUCUCGCAAAAUUAUCGUUACAUCGGGUCUUGUCAUGGUGGGAAGUGAAAGAAGGUCCUAUGUUGGCUUGACCUGGGUCAUUGGAGGAAUGUAUGGGGUACUUUUUUCCUGGGUCAAGCCCAUCCAAGAUGAUUCUCAGAACAGAUUGAUGACAGCAUCUCUUGCAGUAACUGUUGUUAACUUGGGAAUUGGAGCUGUGAGUAGGAUUCCCGCUGAGAACCUACCUGCUUCAGACAAUACCUACAUGAACAGUGUGGCUUUCGAUAUAUUGAUACUCGGAGCGAAUACUCUCGUUAUGGGACUUUUGAUUGGUAAGAUGAUGUUUUAAAUUAAAUUGUACUACUCAAUUAAGUUGGCUCGAUAGAGUUUUUCAGGGUCAAUACCAAUCAAGUUUGAGCAUAAACUACGUCGAAAUUAAUAAAGAUUUGGAAAAAUUGCCACCACAACUGUAGAUAAAGAUGAAGAUGAAAAUUUGACAUCGGAGUUGUCAUAGCAACGAGAUGAAGCCAUUUCCUGUUCUUCCGGUUAAAACCGUUCACGGGAACUUUUUCCUCUAAUUGCCACCUCGCUGUUCGUGAAGUUUAAGCGUCAUCGGUAUUUUUUGGGAACUAGAUGUUUGGAAGAAAUCUUCGACAAAAAAAUAGCGAAUUGUAACUCGUAUUUGACUGCCUCACAAGAUAUUAACAAUCUUCAAACUGGUCAAAGAAAUUAGUAUAAAAUUAUCCGCCUAUUUGUUAAAGUAGACCUAAAUGUUUACAAAACCGCUGACAAGAGCGUCUCGAUACAUUUUAUUCAAAACCUCCCUUAUAAGAAAUCGGCUGAAACUAUCUCCAUGAUCUUUCACACAUGUUAUUACAAGAUCGAAACUACUAUGAAGCGAAAUUGCACUUCAAAAGCGCUUUUUUUUUCUACAGAUAACGGUCGAACAUGAAGAUUAUCCAGUUUUUACCGUAUUUCUAACCAUAAAAACUUCAUACCAAAAUAUUACGAUAACGCUCUUACAGACUUCGCUUAAACUGCCUUGAAGAAAAAUAGUUGGUGGCGUCAUUUCGUUGCUAUGCAACUCCGAUGUCAUCUUAACCCUGAUCAUAAAAAAUUUUCAUCUUUAUUGAGCUAUUUCGAAAAAAAUAGCUCAUAACUCAGUGGUCUGAGCGUAAUGCAUUUUUGUGGCUUUGGGGCUUUGGGGCUUUGUGACUUUGUCUCUUCGGAUGUGUGUUGCAGGGGCCAAUAAGGUUGAAGGUACUAUGAGGUACUUUGCUAGGAACCAAUGAGAUUUUGGCAUCUAAAUAUAACAUUGCUGCCCUAAAGGUCAAACAACGGCACUUUAAGACCGCCAUUUUGGUUCUUCUUUAUUUAUAAACCUCGCCAAGAGGCCUCGAUCACUCACAGAACAAGCUUUACUACGAGGUCCAGAAAAAAAAAAGAAAAUUAGUUAUACAACUAACAAGAAUGACAAUACUUUAGAAAAGACAAAAAAAACGGAAAUGCAAAAACAGAAUUAGGGAGGAGAUCGAUAAAAAAUCAACAACACAAACGAUCGAGCAAGCUGUUCAAUGUCGACUAGUGUGGCAAUUAAUACACACACUCGUACAGGUCUGGGGGUGUCGACAUCAUAAACAGACUUAGUGAGAUACAAGAAGUAAUUAAAAAGAUCUUUCUUGAAGUUUGCUUCUGAACAGUCAGUGUUAGGAGGUGGGCUGGUAGAGUAUUCCAGAUUCUUGGGGCUCUACAGUAAAAACUGUUCUCAGAGGUGACGGUAUUGGCCCUAAUCGUAUUCAACAGCGUACCCUUGGAGGAGACAGUGCGCCUGGGUCUAGUGGAAUUCAUGACUGAAAUAAAAGGAUCCGAUAGACUAACUAAACAUUUAAAUACGUACACCAAAUCUAAAAAUUCGCGCCAAUAACAUAAUGGUGGUAGCCCAAUUUUCCAAAGUCUCUGCUUAAAACUAACGUGCGACCGAUGCGGCAAAGACAGAAUGAAUUUUGUUGCGCGCCGCUGAAAUCUUUCGAUGUCAAGGAUAAGAUUAACAACUUGAGGAGUCCACACCUGCGAGCAAUAUGCGAAGUUCCUGCGAACUAGUGACAGGUAAAGUAGCUUGCGAGCUCGCUGGUCAUGAGUGUCGAAAGCUGAUCUUCGCGGAAAGCCAAGCAUGCUAUUGGCCUUCGAACAAGCUGCCAGCACUUGGGAGUUCCAUUUCAGAUGUUUAGUAACUAAAACCCCAAGGACCUUCUGAGCUUCCAUCGUCUUAACUUGGACAUCGGAUAAUUGAUAGGGGAAGUGAAACGGGCCAGCUUUUCUGGUAAUAGAAAGUAGCCCGCACUUGGAUUGAUUUAGAUCCAUUUGCCAGAGAUUACACCAUUGGUUUUACACCAGCUCCAGCGCGACGUCCGUCCGUGUGAUUUUAUACUUGCGAAUUUGUCGACCCACCGACGACCAAAUUCUGUAAAUACUGGAUUAAACCGAAACCGUUUGCCGUGUUGCAUGCGCUUAAUACACUCACCUGCGUCAAAGUGAAGUAUAAAAAAUCAUAUUUUUUAAAGAUGUACAAAUGAAUCGUUGAUAAUUGGUAUUUAGAUAUUGACUCUAACUUGGAAGUAUGCGGCGUAAUUGUGUUUUCAGAAGUUUGAAAAAGAGCUGAUUCUUUUAAAGCUGUAACGAGUAAACAUGCUUUCUUCUCUUUUGUACAAUGUUCAAAAGACCUUUAAAUUCACGUUCCGGCAACGUAAGUGUAACCAUAUCUGAUACAUGUUUGCUAUCCAGUGGCUAAGUGGGAGUAGCCAGUUGAUUCAGUUAAUCAGAGAUUUUUUAUUGAGUGGAAUAACAUGGUAUGAGCAGAAAUCCGUAUUUCGGCAAUUUGACAAUUCUGUUGAAAGGAAAGUGAUAAUGUUAGGGUAUCAAUCUUAACAUUGAAUGAUGUAUAAUUUAAUUGCAGAUGUUAGAAAAGGAAAUGAUUUGUUAAAAUCGUUUGAGCAAAGUAAUCUCGUAAGCAAUAUGCGUUCUUUUACGUACAAAUUAUAGAAGGGGCAUAGCCCAACAUCUUCACGUGCAAAUUGUGUGCAUGAGUUAUUUUUUUAACCCUGUUUACUAGACUACUGUGUGAUACCUCGAAUUCCCUCGCGUACGAACCACGAAAGGGGGCAAAGUCCAGCACUUUCACGUGUCAGCUGUGUGACGUACAUCUCGUGCAGAUUGGCUUUUCACAGUAACAAGAAGCUAUGGAACGUACACUUUGGCGUCGUCGUUGUGGAACUGGUUAAUUGUAAAUGCGAAGGAAUAGUAAGAAAUGAAAUAUGGUAAGAGUAAGGUGUUAAUUUCUGAAAUUAUGCGAUUUGUCAGGAUAUUCUGAAAAGAGCAACAUCCAGAAGGCCUACUUGCCAAAAACUAGCAUUUCGGGGCAAAUUGUCUCUGAGAUAUUAGCCCAGUUAUGCUCUGAUGACUCCAUACAAAUCCUUCUAAAUUUGACUUGGGUCUAAACGUUUAGACCUAAGUCAAAUAUGAAAUUACUGGCGGUAAAUAACAAGUCUAACAAAGCAAACAGUGAAAAAAGAAUUCUCUAUUUUUCUUACAUCAGGCUUCAAAAACAGCAUAGCAGUCUCAUGUACUGAUUAAAGAUAUGUAAGGCGUGGGUAAGGAGGCAAUUACGUUGAGCAUGGAAUUGGCUAUAACUCAAUGUUACGAGUUCGAAUGUUUUGAGGAUAAUUAUUCACUGACUAUCAGCACGCAGGCUCUUUGCAGAGCUCUAAAACACAGCAUCUGCCAACACAAACUUGACUUGAACGUAAGUAAAACUAAACAGCAUCUACCAAUAAUAACAAACUCUCACUUGAACUUCAGAUAUCUUACGGCUUCCGCCAACUUGUAAACACAGAACUUGAAACUCGACCUUCGUCACAAUUGACAAAACACAGCACUUCAGCUCGUGGGAAAAAAGAACUCGCUUGGAAUUUGUAUACCGUUUGACAUAAGGUUCUAGAAAUACUAAACAGGCGAAUAGUAGUAGCUUUUCGACAUAUUUUAUGAUUUCAGUCACUGAUGCAAAUCUGCUGACUCGUGCUGAUGUAAUCAUGACCUAGUUAAUUUUUUUAUGAAUAAUCCAAAAACGUAGAGAACUUUCCAGAAACGCAUGAAAGCAAUUUUACUACGUAACACUCAACAAAGUCAAAACGUCUUUGUGCAGCAUUAAAUUCAUCAUAAAACAGCUUGAAAGGAACGCUCACUCGUGAAAUGUUUUUCAACUUUCGAAGAGAAAUUUCGUGUCCCUGCGCAGCCAUGUGAUAUCCUCUAUUUAUUCCUCGAGUAAAUUAAAGACUAAACUCGAAGUGAUCUCAAGAUAUCACGAAUUAGUCCGGUGUCAUUUCGUAACAAGCCGAAAAGUGACGAACUUGCGCGCCCAAUCUUGUCCCGAAACUAGUGCAUAAGUUCAUAGCUAUUUUUCAUAUCCCGAACUACCUUGAGUCGCAGUAGCGCAAUCGGCUAAUCCCUCAACUUAGAGUCUCCUCUGAUCUGACGGGUCACACAGAUGAGUCUGUUCAAACCCCGGGAAAGCCAAUAUACUAAUUCUUUCUUCCUCGAAUAAGUUAAAGAAUAAAUCAAAGAAAUCGAAGUGAUCUCGAAACGUCUCUUCCUAAUUUGGCUCUCACUUCGUCAAACAGCCGAAUAAAACCGAAAACCUACAGACUUAGCGUGCCCCAUCUUGCAGUGGUCUUGUCCCAAAAAUGUCAAAAUUGAUACAUUCCUGAGCGUCGCGAAUCCUUUACUUCGCGCUCCGCCGAAGUAAUAAUAGUAACUUGAACGUAUGAAGACCUGUUUCGUUUUGUAGCCAAUGCCUUAAGUAAAGGCUCUUGUUUUUUAAGAAGUAAUACCUUUUAUAACAUGAAUAAUUCAGUCAUCAGCGUUUAAGACUGUUUCAUUGAGUAGAAUCACUCGUGAAAACCUCGCGAAUUAUGAUGAUGCAACAAUCUACCACAAUGAUAAAAAUCUGCUUAACUUACACCAGAUGUAUCAGGAAAGACAGAACUAAGUGAAUGUAUAAAAUAAGGAUCGACUAAGCUGAACGUUUCCCGUUUUUAUUCAUGUACAGCAAUACCCAAUUUCGCUCCAAAAACAGUCUAUAGUUAGCAUGGAAAAGGUAGAUUCAUCAUUCUUGGUACGGUUAUACUGGAGCAUUCAAAAUAGCUCAUGCACGUUAAACGUCCCUAUGUUCUAAUAUGGCUGUGGAGGUUAUAUUUUUGAAAUUUUUGUUAAUAGCGACGUAGUUUAUGCUCAAACUUGGGAGGUAUUGACCCUGAAAAACUCUAUCGAGACACCUUAAGCACCCAGGAAUCUUUCCCACCUGUCUCUCCUGAAUAGACACUAUAAGCAACAAAAGCUUACGCUCUGAUUACUUGGCUAAGCAAUCGAAGAUUCCCGUUUAAACGCACAGAAAUCUUGGCGUCUCCUUAACGUGCAAGUAAUGCUCUACCAAGCAUUCUUAAACAAAUUAAUAAUUCAUAAAGAAAAUACCAAAGAAAUAAAUGUUUAAUGCAUGAGUGUUUGGAAAUGAGAUAAAAAAAAACUGCUCAUUUUUGCAUCCUUAAUUUCUCCUCCUUUUUCUUCUUCGUUUUUUUUUAGAAAUAAUGUCAAGCUUUUGAUACAGUGUUUCAUCAACAGAUAAAACACCUCGAAGUUCGUCAAAAAUACUCCGCUGCGUGUCGUAUUUUCAAACUCUCCUCUUCUCAGUGUUUCAUCUGGUGAUGAACCACUGCGUCUCAUGCUUAAUAUAUUACUUGAACGACAUAAGCCCACCUAACUCUUUGUGUAUAUAACACUGAAAUCGUGGCGCGCUCUGAGUCUGAGUCCUCUUAGCCACGACUUUAGAGAGGCAGCUCAAUGAUCAAACAAGCCCUUUUCGAAGGACCCAAAUGUUUGAAUGACUGUUCAGCAAGUUUUGUUAAUUAAGAACUCAACAUUCCGCUCACUUCCGCCUGGUUACAUGUAGUUCAGUUGGGAGAGCACCGGCCUGCUGAGCGGUAGGUCGUAGGUCACUCAGGGUCGUUAAGUAACUGAGGAGAAAGUUCAGCGUUUGCAAUGACAUCUACAAACGGCUUGAAUUUCUAGUCUCGGAUAAGGACGGAAAACCGUAGGUCCCGUCUCGCAGCACUUUCACUUAUCUCGUUCUUGUGGGACGCAAAAGGACCCACACCACUGUUUGUAAAGAGUAGGGGACGUAGACCCAGAUGGUGCGGUCAACUUCUCCUGGUUGGGUGGGUUAUCUGUAAGGACAUACGUAAAUUGGGGCCAUGCUCUAUUGUAUGUUUCGCACCAUAUGGCGGAAGUGAUUUUGAUCAUAAUAAAUUCGGCAUUCGUGUACUAAAAAACCUCCCACAAGCAUCCAUUAUUUGAUCGCUACACUCCAACUGUCUUUGUUGUUGUUUGUUUUUUGUAUAGUUAACAAUGUUCAGCAAUUGUAUGAAUUUGUUGAUGAAUGGCGCAAAAAUCCACAAUGGUCAUUCUCUUGCUGCUUGGCUUUUGUGCUUCCACUAUUUUCACUGCCGGGAGAAAUAGGUAGCUUGUCAAGUACGAACGUCCUGCACGCCCAACUGGAUUCAGGUCAGAUGGGAAUGAGCACUAUUGCAGAUGCCGUAAACGAAGGUGGCGUAACUGACAUCACUCUUGACAAAAACGACAGUGACGGAUUUGAGCAGAAAGAUGAUCCUCCCGAACAGAUUCAGAUCAUUAAAGAGAGAAAUGACCAAAGCGUACAAACAGCGAUAAGGACACCUACCUGA